AUGGUGGUUCGGUCGUCGACGCGCGUUCAGGAGGAGGGCAAGGAGGCGGCGGUGGCUGUGCCUAGCGAGGUUGCCGAGGCCAUCGCUAUGGUCCAGAGCGAUUCUCCGCUCGUGGCGGCCGAGGGCUUCUCAAAGCUCUCGCACGCCACGUUCAACAACCCGGUGGGGAAGGAAGCGGCAGGCGAAGCAGGAGCCAUCAAGGCAAUUGUGGACGCAAUGGAGCGCAACAUCUCCAACGGAACCGUUCAGGAAGACGGCUGCCAUGCACUGCGCAAUGUCGCAUUCCACUGCCUGCCUAACCUAGUGCUGGCUCGGGAACAAGGUGCGAUCGCUGCUGUACUCAAGGCAAUGGAGACGCACCCUGAGAACGAGGCCCUUCAAGCCGAGGGAUUAUGGGCUCUGCUAGUCUUCUGCUCCAACACGGGUAUGAUUUUACCACGAUGA